UUGACAAAAACCAUUUGAUAGAAAGAUAAAUAGCCAUGGCCAGAGGCUGAAGCGUAUGGACUCGCGCCGGUCGCAGAGCUGAAGACAUGGGCGAUGCGCGCUUCGUAUCCCUUGGAGGAGUCUGGCUUGAUGACAUCCAGAUUGGAGGCCAGACGGUGCACAGGCAGGUGCUGGGUGGAUCAGUGACAUUCGCAACGCUCGGAGCACGACUGUUCAGCCCAACAGACCCCUCAAGCAUCCGCUUCGUGAUCCGCGCUGGCAAUGACUUUCCUUCAGAAACGAUCUGGAAACUACGAAGAUGGAAGACCAGUCUGGUAGUAGAAUGGAUCGAAGACUUACCCGCGGCAAGGGGAGUGCUUCAAUACGACGAGCAUGACGCCAGUAGAACAACCUACCACCGCCUAACCUCACCCCUCCUCUCAACCCACCACAACCUCACCCUCUCCGACGUCGUCGGCGCCUCCUGCUUCCACUUCUUCGACACCCCCGAGACCGUGAAAGAAGAAAUCGACUCCAUCUCCGACAUCCGAGCCCGGCACGGCCUCAGCGGCGACCUCAUCGCGAUUUGGGAACCUCAAGCGAAAUCCUGCAGUCCCCGAACGCUGCCUCGGCACUUAGAGAUCGCAAAGAUUGUGGAUGUGUUUUCGCCGAACCACGUCGAGUUGGAAAGUUUCUUCUCGUACGCCAAGCGCAGCAGUUUCGACGAGAGCAGAGUCGAGGCGCAAGCGAGUCACUUUCUUGAGUCGGGUGUUGGUUGGGAGGGAGCAGGAUGUAUUGUCGUCCGCGCUGGUGAGCAUGGGUGUCUAGUCAUGUCACGGAAGAUCGGAGCCGUUUGGCUACCGGCUGUGAUUCCAGCGGAGUCGCCCAAAGUUGUGGACGCCACUGGCGCCGGGAAUGCUUUCCUGGGUGGCUUUGCGAUGGGGCUGCUCGAGUCUGGCGACUUUGUGGUGGCGGCCAAGUACGGACAAGUCGCGGCUAGUUUCGCGAUCGAGCAGGUUGGAGUACCGGAGGUCACAGGUCAUGGCGAGGACGAGCUCUGGAACGGCGAAAGUGUCAUGGAGCGGCUGAACAGCUACAGCCACGCUCUGAGGAAUGGCAGAAGCUAG